AUGUGUACUGCAGUGAAAACAAAAGACAUCGAUGCCGUUGAAGGUAAAUCCGUCUCCCUGCCCUGUCCGAUCAGUGCGCCGUUGAGUGACGUUUACAUGGUCUUAUGGUUUCGCGAUAAUGCUGGUAUACCAUUGUACAGCUUUGAUGUACGCGAUAAAGUGAAUAACGACCAACCGCGGCAUUGGUCAGCGCCGGAGGUGUUCGGUUCUCGUGCCAAAUUUCACUUCGAUUCACAGCCGGCAACAUUGGAAAUUAAGGAUAUCAAACGACAUGACCAAGGUGUCUACCGUUGCCGCAUCGACUUCCGUACAAGUCAAACACAAAGCUUCCGCUUCAAUCUCACUGUAAUAAUACUUCCUGAACAACCAAUCAUAUUGGAUCGUUGGGGGCGACAAUUGAAUGGCACGCUGCUGGGUCCCAAGCAGGAAGGUGAUGAUAUUGUUAUCACGUGUCGUGUGGUGGGAGGUCGGCCACAACCUCAAGUACGCUGGCUCGUGAAUGGACUACUUGUCGACAAUCAAUACGAACACAAUUCCGGCGAUGUUAUCGAGAAUAGGCUACUUUGGCCGUCGGUUCAACGGACUGAUUUAAAUUCAGUUUUUACUUGUCAAGCAUUGAAUACACAAUUAGAUAAGCCUAAGGAGAAAAGCUUUUUGCUUGAUAUGCAUU